AUGCUGUUGUCGUUGUCGAAUUAUUGGGUUCCUGAAAAGUACACCCUGGAUCUCAAAAUCCAAGGGGACCGUCCCAAUUUCCAUGGCCACUGUGCUAUAGACCUGGUGCCGGGCGGUAACACUGCAUCUCAAAAGUUCCAACUUCACGCCACCAAGUUGAUUGUCACUAAGGCCGUCUUAUUUGAAGGGGGAAACGAAGUGGCACAAAUCAAGCCAACCAGAGGCUCUGAUAGCGUAUCUUUUGAGUUUCCGCAGGAAACGAGCAACUCAAGAUCCUUGAGACUUGAGCUUGACUACCUUGCGGUGCAGACCAAGGUCUCGAGCAUGGCCACCCCAACUACAGGAGUUUUCAAGUCAUCAAGCGGAAUUUGGGCAACCCACUGCCAACCUGGCUGGGCUAGUUCGGUGUUUCCUUGUGUGGAUGAGCCAGUCUGCAGAGCCAAGAUCCAACUAACUAUCACCACUGACGAUCCGGAGUACACUUGUAUUGCCAACAUGCCGCUCGCAGAUACAAAAGUUUCGCAAGAAUCUUGCUCUUUCGUGUUCCAGGAAAGUUUGCCAAUGCCUACGCAUCUCUUUGCUUUUGUUCUGGGGAAAUUGCAAAUGUUAACGAAGAAAGCCGGAGACAUCACCGUCAACGUCUACGCCGAAAAUACCAAGGGUCUUGAAUGUGUUCUUUCAACGGCUUCGGCAGCAACCACACGCAUUGGGGAUUUGUUGAACGUGGAAUAUCCCAUUCCAAAAAUUGACAUUGUUGCGCUUCCGUUUCUAUCUGACGGUGCCAUGGAGAACUGGUCGCUGAUCACGGUUGCAGGUCAACAUCUCAUUUACACCUCUGGGGAUGCUGACAGCAAAUGGAACUCUAGCAAGAGUGUGAGAGAGAUUGUGGUACAUGAACUGGUCCACCAAUGGCUUGGAGAUUUGUGUUCGUUCAAAUCAUGGGACAACACCUGGUUCAACGAGUCUUUUGCUACUUGGAUGGGUAUUCGUGUGUUGGAGUCAAUGGACCAAACUGGCCUCUGGCAAACUCAUCUGGACCAUGAUCUUGUCCAGCUGUUACAAAUUGACUCGCACGUUCAGAAUUCUCCAGUAAUCGGAAAUCACCAGACUAACGACUCGCCCUCCUACAUUGGCGAGACAUUCGACCCAAAGACCUACAGCAAGGGAAUCUAUCUUUUGGAGAUGCUGAGCUCCUUCGUAGGUUUUGAAACUUUCUGUGGAUAUGUUGGUGAAUUUAUUUCAAAGAAUAAGUGUAUGUCAAUCUCAACUCUUGACUUUUGGCUGUUCCUGAAGGAAAAAACCGCCUUCGAUGUGCCAACCAUGGUCAACUCGUGGGUCCGCAAUAAGGGAUUUCCAAUCUUGUUGGUGACUGCUAAUGACGGGAAGUGCACCAUUGAGCAACACAGAUAUCUGGAUUCGGCAUCGAUCGAGGAUACCAACGAGGAGGAUGUCCCUUUUCACAUUCCCUUGAUUUUGGUCCAGGAAGGCCAGUUGGUGAAAAAGGUGUUGACCGACCGCAGAGUUGUUCUCGAUACAAUCCCAGACUCAGUCAUCGCUCCAAAGCUCGCUCUUUUGCUUUACAGAGACCCAAUAUUUGCAGAAAGGCUCAAUGGCGACCAGAUAUUCAAGCUGUGUUUUGACCUCAACUUUGUGGCCGAUAUCUACAGGACGAAGGUUGACCUGGAGAUUUUCAAGCGCAUCGCCGACUCGCUGAAAUCCAAAUGGCACACAAGAGAGGGACUGAAGUAUCUUCAAUUGCUGAUGCAGCUAUCUAACUCGAUAACCGUUGGUUCGUCUCGUCAAGGAACUGAGAAACUUCAAAAAUGGAUUGAAUCGUUGGAUCUUCAGUUCAACCUUGAGGAUACCGAGCUGUCAGAGACCAAGAGAAUCUCUUUCGAGUCGAAUGCUCUUUGUGGGCUAUUCGGGCUUUCUCAAGGCAAGAAUGUCAAGGAACUGUUGGAACUAUUUGACAGCAUAGUUAAGGGAAGUGCUUCUGUGCCUUUAUGCUAUGCAUCUCUAGCCUUCGUUGCAGUUGCCAUUCACGGCGAUAUCAAACGCUACAACACGUUGUUAUCUUUAACUGACGAUGAUAACUUGAUUCUCAAGACUCUGGACUCGAUCCAGAAAGAAGGAAGACAGCGUUCUGAGAUCCUCAAGUCAUUGACCACCCAAAUAGUUCAAAGUCUUGGGUUCACUCGUUCUGCAGAUUCACUGAGAAAACUGCUUGCUCAUAUUCUGGCUCGUCUUAAGAAGGGUAAGGAGGACCAAUACCAUCUCUGCUUUGAACAGCUGUCGGGAGGACUGGCUGCCACCUCCGAGGUGAGGCGAAUGGUAUGGGAAUGGUUCAGAACCAACUACCGAACCCUGCUGAAAAAUGGCGAUAGGAGCAAGGACUUCAUGGUGUUGGCCACAUCCUGUUUCAACUGCAACACUUUUGAGGUUUCGGGAGAGCUCGAUAAGGAGCUGAAGACGUUCAUUAAAAAGAACGACAGUCUUGUGCUGAGGAAGUCUCUGGAACACAGCCGGAGCGAGCUGAAAGCCCACCAGGGUGUCUAUGAGCUUGCGAAAGGUGUAUUCUGGUAG